AUGGGUGGCAAGGGCGGCGGUGGAGGUGGAGGCAACGGGGGAGGAGGUGGCGGCGGCAAGGGCGGUGGCGGUGGCGGUGGAGGUGGAGGCGGCAGGAGCGGUGGAGGGGGAGGAGGAACGAAGGGAGGCGGAGGCGGAUCAAAGGGGUCAGGCGGCAGUGGAGGCGCAGGGAAGUCGUCCGGCACGAGCGGUGGCAGCGGUGGUAUGAUGAAGGCGCCCGGCGGUGACGGCGCCUACAUCUCCCGUCCCGGGUUCGAGUCCAACCCGCAGGGCUACUUCCAGGGCCUCCACGGCGCCGGAGGAAAGUAG